ACGUCUUGUCAUUUUUAUUGGUUGUUGUGUUUGUGUUUAAGUAAAACUGUUAACUUUUGCCGAAGCCUGAACUUUAAUCGUUCUUUGCAUUCAUAGUAUAAAAACGAUUAUCCAUAUAAGUUUAUUGUAAUAUUUAUAUUUAAUUUAAUUACAAAAUAAAUAGUUAAAAUUAAUUCCAAGAUUAUAAAUGGAGGCCAUAUCACAAUCUGCCGACUUAACCUACCAACAAGCCGAUCCGACUAUGCAAGCGGAUCAGCCGAUGGACACCGAUAAAUUACCAAUCCAGCAACCAAUUCAACCACCAGAAAUGAUUGGACCUCAGAGCGGUAAACACGAAGAAUUUUCGGUAGAGAAAGUUUUAGAUCGGAGAAUAAAAAACGGAAAAGUGGAAUAUUUGCUCAAGUGGAAAGGUUAUUCAAAUGAAGAUAAUACUUGGGAACCCGAAGAUAAUCUGGAUUGCCCGGACUUAAUAUCAGCAUAUGAAGAGGCUCGCUUAAAGAGGGAAAGAGAGGUAGCUGCACCUCCAGAGGUUGAGGAAGGACAUUCAACCCGCAAACGAGCAAAGAGGGGAGAUAAGAAAAAAAAAAUUGAGGAAAUAGAGAAACCUAGAGGCUUGGCGAGAGGGCUUCAACCUGAAAAAAUUCUUGCAGGACAACUUUUCCACGGCACACUAUAUUUUUUAGUAAAAUGGCGAGACUGUACAGAAAUGGAUGUUGUCCCAGGACACGAGUUAGGACAAUCUUUCCCAGACUUUGUGAUAAAUUACUAUGAACAGUGUGCACCAUUCAGCGUGAGACAUGCUGUGGGAAGAGUGCCAAGAAUCGCCCCGGAACUGCCACCACUGGAAACGUCACAGAUAAAUACAGAAACUGCAAUGGAAGUGAGCCAGGAAGACGCUUCCAACCUUACACAGACAGAUGACGCACCAGUUGAGAUGCCACAAACAGAACCACAACCACCCAUUGCAGAACCUGAAAGCCAAUCCAUAGAGGUGCCAGUCAACUGACUCGCAUUUUACAAUGCCAAUAGUAUGGAGCGCAGAUGUAAGGAGGGCUAUCUUAUAUGGGGUUAAGCUGAAUAUGUGUCCAGUUGCAAGCAAUAGUUCAAAAACCAUCCAGAAUGGCGCUAGCGUAAAUGUAGGUUGUGGUAUGAGUGUAGCAGUUGUAAAUGAAUUGUAGUGUGCCAAGUUUAUAAAUUUAAUAUUUGUGGCGACUUAGUAGUUAGUGACAAUACAGUAUAUAAAACUUUCAACUAUUUACAUAGCCCAAAAUAUUUUUGUAAGCAUAACCUAAUUUAACUGCUGCGAGAAAACAUAGUGUAUUAAUUUUUGUGAACUUAAAAUAUGUUUAGUGAUUUUUUUUGUGAUAACUGUUAUAAUUUUUUAAAAUAAUAGAACAAUAAUAAUUUUCUUGUUUAUCUAUCCUACUCUAUUAAUAAAUAAUUUAACACAUUUUGGCGGACACUUUUUCAUACACAGAGAUAGUCCUCCUUUUUUUCUUCUGGCUUCUUUGGGGGGGGGGGAGAACCGGGUUAUGUGGAAUUUUUACCCACUAAGACCACUGCAAUGGCUGUUGUCUGUACGGAUCGGAGACGCUGCGGGAUCGUGUUGAUACAACGCAUCCGCGGGCCCUCCUGUGCUGAGCGGUCCUCAGGGGGACGCCGACGUCGUCUCCGUUGAGCAGGAUCGGCACUUUACCGUUCCCGCUCCGCCGUCUUCUGAACCAUGACGGUCUCACAGAAGUAGACUACGGCCCUCCACGUCGAUUCCCUGCGGAGCAUCGCCGACACGAUUGCUCGCAGGGAGAGGUCAUGUCCGACUUCGAGAGAUAGUCCUCCUUACCACAACCGUGCAUACCAAAAAGUAAAGACUAUUGACAUUUAAUCGUGUAUUUAAUUGGUGGUUUAUGUAACCCUUAAAUUAUUAUUAACGGUUACAAUUUUGGUAUUCUUUCAUGAGUUUUGAAGGUAAUUUAUCGCACUUAUUAAAAUAACUUGCAAACAAUUAUCUAAAAUAAACAGAUAUAUUACUAACGUAUCAUUUGAGAAGUUUUUUGAGUAGUAUGACGUCAUUACGACGUCAUACUACGACUAAUAGCAAAACGUCGUCGUCGUAAUGACGUUAGCAGAAUCGAAGAUAAUAAUAAAGAAAUGAAAUGUCGUCGUAUCGUAGACAGAGAAACAAAUUGACCAGGGGGCCGUGAAUCCGCGAUUGAGAUAGAGAUAGUUUGUCAAUGUGUGCGUAUAAUGUUGCCAUAGUAACUGCAUUUCCUGUUUUGUUAGAUAAAUAAUUUUCAGGAUUUAAUUAAAACAAAAUAAGGUUAUUAAAUUUUUCUUUUUAAUAUUUAUUAUACAUUUUUUUUAAUUAAAAUAUUUUUUUGUUUUUCUACUACACCCAAAAACCGUUGCAUUGUUUGUUUUUGUUUCCGUUAUCAAUAGUACUUCAGCAUCUUUUUAUGGUACUGGAUUAGUAUUCUCCUCAGAUGUUGAAAUCUAAAACAUUCAAUUAACCUAUUAAUAAAGAAUGGUUUUCACAUAUAUUUCUAUGUUAACUUCUUGACUCGGAAUCUAAUAAUAUUAUAAAUUCAUGAAGAAUGUUGAAUAGUGUUCUCGUUAGGAAAUUAUAAAUAGGAGAACGAAUUAAUUAAAAUAACAUAUUUACAUAUAACGAAGCACUUUAGGUUAUUAUUGGACUCCGUAUUUAUUUGUUUACAUUGUCGACGAGUCGAUAUUUUUUAUCGAAAAUCGUGACAUUUUUUUUAGCUGACGCUGGCAGCACUUACAUGAUAAAUAAUUAUAGGUUAUGAAAAAUAUAAACUGGAAAAUCCUAUUAUCUUAAGGAUUUUAAUGCAAUAUAAGGUUCUGUCAUGCUAUGGCAUAAAUAAACUUCACUGAGAAACUAUAUUUAGGGACAAAAUAGUCGUACUUACGCGUAAAAAAACAUGCCGGCAGUUUUCUUCUUGCUGUCGCUUUAACAUGAAAUAAUACGACAAUGCACCAUUGUAUAACCAUCGAUAUGAUAUGAGGAUUGUUUCUCGGCCUUUUCACUGGAUUAGAAUCGUUUUCUAACAUAAAAAUAAGCGAAAAUUGAACAAAAAACACAACGAACGCACCAACUGUCAAGUUUGUCUCGCUACUCAAGUAGCAAAACAAACACCAAAACUGGUUACGCGAUAAGGGACAAAAGAUUUGAUAAUUCUAUCUCUGUCUAAACCAUUUGUUACGUCAUUUUCGUUCUCUUUCUUGUGUAAGUGAGAAGGAAAUCGUCUAUUAGUUUCUCUGUCUACGCGUCGUAUGAACACACAAAGUGUAGCAAUUAUGACAAUAAAAAAUAAAACAUCUCUUUGAACACUUGAAAUUUAUUUGUCUAUUUCUAUUUAAAAAUAGAAAAUAUUUUUUGUUUCAAGUGACAUAUCCAAACAGAUUAUAAAAUGCAGACGGCGACAUCGUAGACAAAGAAGUAAAACUGAAAUACAAAAUAAAUAUGUUUUAACUUUUCA